GCGGUAGAUUGGACGACGGCUCCGAUGUCGAAUCGGAACCGGAUCUUCCCUUGAAGCGCAAACAACGCCGGAGUAGGACCACUUUCACAGCCGAACAGCUGGAAGAGUUGGAAAAGGCCUUCGAAAGGACCCACUACCCAGACAUUUACACUCGAGAAGAGCUGGCCCAGCGGACCAAGCUGACCGAGGCCCGCGUCCAGGUGUGGUUCAGCAAUCGGAGAGCCCGUUGGCGCAAGCAGGCUGGCGCUAACCAGCUGGCCGCUUUCAAUCACCUUCUGCCCGGUGGCUUCCCCCCAACCGGCAUGCCAACGUUGCCACCUUACCAGCUGCCCGAUUCGACGUAUCCAACCACCACUCUCUCCCAAGACGGAGGCAGCACCGUACACCGGCCCCAGCCUCUCCCACCGUCCACCAUGCACCAGGGGGGCCUGUCCGCAGCCACCCCCGACUCCAGCUCUGCCUACGGUGCCCGGCACAGUUUCUCCAGCUACUCGGACACUUUCAUGAACCCCAACGCUCCAGCCAACCACAUGAAUCCCGUCAGCAACGGCCUGUCUCCACAGGUGAUGAGCAUCCUGAGCAACCCCAGCGGAGUGGCCUCCCAGUCCCAGGCCGACUUCUCCAUCUCCCCGCUGCACGGCAGCCUGGAGAGCGCCAACGCCAUCUCGGCCAGCUGCAGCCAGCGCAGCGACUCCAUCAAGUCCGUCGACAGCCUCCCCACCUCCCAGGCCUACUGCCCCCCCACCUACACCACUACGGGCUACAGCGUGGAUCCCGUGGCCGGCUACCAGUACGGCCAGUACGGCCAGACUGCCGUCGACUACCUGACCAAGAACGUCAGCUUGUCCACACAGCGCCGGAUGAAACUCGGGGAACAUUCAGCCGUGCUGGGGCUCCUACCGGUGGAAACAGGCCAGGCCUACUGAAGGUUUCUUCCUGGGAUCCUCCCACAGGCCACCCUCCGCCACCAAGGCGGCAAAAUGGGGAAAACACACAACAACCCGCUGGGACCAGCUGCUGUCCACCACUGGCUUUUCUUCAGAGACUCGAGGGACCAAACUUUCCCAACCCUGCCUCCAUCCCAGAGGCCCACUGAUCUCCCCCCGCCCCAAUCCUUGUUCUGUGUACCUACGAAGACUAAUGACCGUGUUCCCAACUCCAGAGACCGUGGUUUGUAAAGGACUCCUCU